AAAGCUCGAUUGGCUCGUAUAAGAAUAGUGAAAAAUGCUAGCGGACAGGCACUAUACAGCAAGAAAAAAGCCCACGAAGCAAGGAUGCAAGCCUUCGAGCAAGGAUUGUUGAGCUUUGAUUCGCUAAAAGAUGAGGACAUCUUCGAAAUCCAACACCGCCAUUUGCUUCAGUGCCUCGAAAAAGCCACUGAAAGAGAACUGAUCGAAAAGGAUAUCGCAUUUAACGAUAAUUUGAGAGCAACGCCACCGAUCAGUCCGUCCACGUCGCAGGGAUUGCUACAUGCAGAUAACGACGCAGAACUGAUCGAAAAGGAUAUCGCAUUUAACGAUAACUUGAGAGCAACGCCACCGAUCAGUCCGUCCACGUCGCAGGGACUGCUACAUGCAGAUAAUGACGCGUAUUCUCACUGGCUGCGUUGCUGCAAUUUUCAUAUUGGUAUGCUUAGAACAUAUGCUUGGAAUUCCACUGCAAAUUUUUUCGCUAUCAAAUCAAACAGUGACGUGCGGGAUAGCACUGGUACUGCGGAGGAUCACAAAAUCUGA